AUGAAUAAAUUGGCAAAUACAAUAAUGACAGAAUCAACAGAAACAUUGGCAGAUAAAAUCAAGAAAUCAAAUGAACUCAGAACAAAGUUCAAAUAUUUAAAAAAUACGUACAGAACACUUGAUAAAAUAAGCGAAGCAAUAUACCACACUCAAAUUGAACUAAAACAAUAUAAAUUCAUGAUCAAUAUCCCAGAUGAGAUUUCCAACAACUUAAAAGCAGAAUUGGAAAUUCAUUUACAAGGAGAUGAUAAGAUAAUAAUAAGUAAGAAUAAAUUCAAAAUCCUAACUGACUGCAGAACUCAAGUAAUCAAGUACUCUAACGUUUUCAACGGAGUACUAAAAGGAGUUCACAGAGCAAUAAUAAAACCAAAAAAGAUCUUCAAAACAUUCAACUGGGAAAAAUCAAUGGACAUAGUAGAAAAAACAUUGCAUGAAGAAGGACUGGAAAUAAUCAAAUUAGAUAAUUUAGGUGAAAACCUGAUAAUACACUCAUUCAACUCAAUUAUCAGUCCAGAGCACAAAGACCAGCUAAUACAUUGUAAACACAUAACAAUACUAUUCCUCACUACAACAGAAGAAACAAAAAAUCAAAGAAAAACAAAUAAGGAAAUCGAAGACGAAAUCUCAGAAAAUUCAAAAAUCACGGAACUACCAAAUCCCGAGAUAAAGGAAAACACAAGAAUAAACAUAAAAUCAAAAGAAGAAUCCAAUCAUAAAAACACUAGCGAAUCAAAAAAUAACAACAAAAACAAAAUAGAAAACAGAAAAGAAAAUAAUAAAGAAAUCAAUAAUGACAACAUCAAAGACAAGAGCAAAAACGAAAAAGUAAAGGAAAACGAAAUUGAAAAUAAAAAACCCACAACAAUUAGAGCAACUACAACAACCACAACGACAGAAACGACAAACACAAUAAACAAUAUUGAAAAGAGAAAAGUACUUCGUGUCCCACCAAUAACAGUAACAUAUAGUGUUGACAGCAAAGAGAAAAGGAAAAUGGAGUUAACUGAAGAUGAAGAAGCAUUAGAAGUGGUAAGAAAGAUGUUCGAAAAUGAAGAAGAGAACAGAAUUUUUGAAGAAAAAAUAAAUAACCAAAAAAAGAAGGAAACCCCAAGGUUAGCCUCAAUCAAAAAAAGACAAACAAUGUCACCUAUCCAAAAUCCAGAAUCUCCAGCAACCCCAGAGACAGUAAAAAGAAAAAGAUCCAACUCAUCUCCAAACCCAACAACUAAUCACCAAGAAAUAUCAACACCUUACAAAACUCCAACUAAAAUAACAAAGGAAGAAUCAGAUCUAAUGGAAGCAGCACUAAGAGACAAAUUGCCCAAAGUACUCCAAGACAUACUUCCAUCUGUCUCAUUUGUUUAA